AGACCAGUUGCACUUCUGGUUGUUGUUCAAAACCGAUAACAUAGCAAAGUUUCAGUUCAAGUGAAAGUAAUCUAGUAAAUCUAGUAAUACUUAACAGAUCAUCAGAUUUCUAGAGAAUCACAAGUGGAAAUAAUUAACUUAUUACAAGUUUAACGUAGCAGUCGCGAGAAAAAACAGAAUACAAAUCUAGUGAUGGUUGUCGCUGUGAAAGUUUUUAAAAAAUCCGCACCAAAUGGCAAGCUAACCGUCUAUCUGGGAAAGCGUGAUUUCAUCGACCAUGUAGACUACUGCGAACCCGUCGAUGGCGUGGUCGUCAUCGACCAGGAAUACCUAAGGGGACGCAAGGUCUUUGGACAGCUCAUCACCGUGUACCGUUAUGGUCGGGAAGAGGAUGAGGUUAUGGGGGUCAAGUUCUCCAAGGAGUUGGUCCUGUGCAAAGAGCAGGUCUACCCCAUGGUGAACUCCAAGAUGGAGAUGACCCCCAUGCAGGAGCGACUGGUCAAGAAGCUGGGCGCUAACGCUUAUCCAUUCACGUUCCACUUCCCGAACAUGGCCCCAAGCUCGGUUACGCUGCAGGCCGGUGAAGACGAUCAGGGUAAGCCACUUGGUGUGGAGUACUCGAUCAAGAUCUUCGUCGGCGAGGAAGAUGAAGAAAAGGUUCACAAGCGCAGCACUGUUGGAUUGAUGAUCAAGAAACUGCAGCACGCCCCGAAUACCCGUGGACGCCGUCUGCCCUCAUCAUUGGUCAGCAAGGGCUUCACCUUCUCGCAGGGUAAGAUCAACCUGGAGGUCACUCUCGAUCGGGAGAUCUACUAUCACGGCGAGAAGAUUUCUGCCAACAUUGUUGUGACGAACAACUCACGCAAGACCGUGAAGAGCAUCAAGUGCUUCGUAGUGCAGCACUGUGAGGUCACAAUGGUCAACGCCCAGUUCAGCAAGCAUAUCGCCUCACUGGAAACUCGCGAAGGCUGCCCGAUCACACCGGGAGCAAGCUUCACCAAGUCCUUCUUCCUGGUACCGCUGGCUUCCAGCAACAAGGACCGCCGCGGAAUCGCCCUUGAUGGCCACCUGCGGGAUGAGGACGUCAACCUGGCUUCUUCCACCAUGAUCAGCGAAGGCAAGAGCCACUCCGAUGCCAUGGGUAUCAUCAUUUCGUACUCGCUUCGAGUUAAACUGAACUGCGGCACCCUUGGCGGAGAGCUACAGACUGACGUUCCCUUCAAACUGCUGACCCCUGCUCCCGGAACCGUUGAACGCGAACGCGUCAACGCUCUGAAGAAGAUGAAGUCGAUCGAACGUCACCGCUACGAGAACUCCCACUAUGCUGACGAUGACGACAACAUUGUCUUCGAAGACUUCGCUCGGCUGCGAAUGAACGAACCAGAGUAAGCUACACCUUUGGAGAAGGUUAGCAUCUAUCGAUCUUUAGCUUUCAUUAUGGAUCCUUAGUUGUCCACAAUUUCUCUUUAACCCCGCCAAAAACGGAUACAACAAAAAAGACUAGUCGCCAAAGACAUCCUGCCUAUACUAAUCGAGAAACUAUGUGAUAUUUCAAAAAGUUGAUUUGCCUCUCUGCUUUGAAAGUCAUUUUCGUUUCCAUAAUAUUUAGUUUUAAAAGUAUAAAAAAUAACAAAAAAUUUAACCAAAAAAAUAAUCCAUAAGUAACACGAAACGUUUCGAUUAAUCGAUUAAUUUACGCCAGCGAAUUGUGACAACUGCGCAGUUGAUCAAUCCACCAGCUUCACAAAAAAUGGAAUACUUUAAACGGUACUACUCAAAUUAAUCGAUCAACCGAACCAAACUACAAGCAAGCCAAAUAACGAGUAACCAGAAGUGAACGAAUCGAAACAAGCUCAUCACACGUGAUCCUCUGGUGGAUUGUGGCGGCACUGAAGUUCUCUAUGGAAACUUCUACAUUGCCUAAAUCCUGACAAGGGGACUCGUGUAGUAAUUUUAAGAAAGAUGGCGUUAUGCAAACCGUAUAGUGACUCAUGACUGCAAGCCUCAAGGAAAAGGAUAUAUUAUAAUUUUAUUAAAUUGCAAUUCGCACUGGUAACUUGAACUCCUAUUGGCCUGGUCCCGCAUCAAUUCAAUGAUCAGAUCAAGUGGACCCAACCGAAUCUGGUGUGCCUAUUUCGAACGGCUCCAUUUGAGUUUGAGAUUUGCUGAUGCCCGGACCAGGCUCAAAACAAUGGUUUUCAAGUUCCCGAACUUUCAGUUGACUGAUUUUGAGCCAAAAGAAAGGAUCUCUCUUUGGUGGGACUCCUUCGGGUGUUGCCACUUGAAGGGAGGUGCAUUCCGGGCAAGUGAACAGAGCAAUAGCAGCGCAAUCCUCCUUCGGCUUCGCGGAUGGAAACUGUGGCAGUUUGGAAUUUUGUGCGUGUUUCAGGCUUCACAGCGAUUCCGAGGCAGCGGCAGGGGGAUUUCAAGUUUUAUUUAACGUAGAUUAAUCAAGCAAAAAAUAAAUAGAGCAACAGGUACCUACAAUCGUCAAUUCCCAAAUGGUUUAAGUUUUUAGGUUCUGAUUUAGUUGUUUCGUUUAUUGUAUAAUAGUUCAAAUGCAAAUAAAAAAAAUCUGAAGAAUAAUACGACUAUGUAUUUGAAACAAAAUCUAUGGAACAGUUUGUUAUUAUUUUAUAAACUUUACUUGUAUAAAAGAUUGGCAAUAAUGAAUUGAUUUUAUUACAGCUUCA